AUGGCUCUGAACUAUUCUCAGCGGCCAGUUUUUCCUGCUCAUACAUCCGAAGACAAUCUGAUUUCACCCUUGAGGAUCGUGAAUGGGUAUGUCGUGGAAGGCAUGUCAGACAGAGGGGGAGAAAGCUUCGUGAAGCCUAGACAUGGUAAUGGAGAGAUCCAUGAUCGUUUUGGUGGUUCACCAGAUCCAGUUUCUACAGACAUAAUCGACUUAUUACCUUCAGAUCCAUUUGGUAUGGAGAUCGAUAUCAGCACAACUUUCACAGCCAUCACCGGGUGGCUUGAAGAUUUUGAAGUGGACUACGUGCAAUAUGUCAGAAACAACAUUGCCAACACAAAUGAAGAUUACAGAUUAUAUGCAGGUCUCAAUCUGAUCUGGAACAGUGCCCUGAGGUUUCAAUCGUUUCCAAGCAAUGAAUCACCUGAUGAUAAAGGUGGUGCUAGUUUCAUGGAUGAUGAAGACGCCACAACAUCCAAUAACGAAGGAGGAGACCCUCAUGAAGCGUUUGUUCUUGCUCUCACUUAUCUUGGAACAAAAGAUCUUCUUUUACUCGAAUGUGUUUGUAAAACUUUAUCUUCUACAAUACGUAGCGAUUCGUUAUUAUGGAGAACCAUUCACAUUGAUCAGCCAUUAAGUGAGAAGAUCACCGAUGAUAUUCUUGUCCAAUUAACCAACAGAUCAGAAGGUAAUCUCAGAUGUUUAACUCUUAUAAAAUGCCCAAGAAUCACAGAUGAUGGAUUGAAGCGUGUUUUGGAAACCAACCCAAAGUUGACGAAAUUGUCUGUUCCUGGAUGUACAAGAUUAAGCAUCGAUGGUAUUUUGAAUAACUUGAAGGCUUUCAAGCUGUCAGGGACAGGUGGCACUUCGGGUAUCAAACACAUAAGAACAGGUGGGUUUUAUGGGAUAACAUAUGAGCACUUCAAAGAGUUGAAGCUUUUGUUGGGUAGUGAUGACAACAACAUUCAGAAAAAUGAUUAUCUUCCUCAUUAUUAUCAUCGUGGGAAUCUGUAUCUACCAGAUGAUGAACGUGAUAUAGACGUUGAAGUAUGUCCAAGGAGAUGCCACGGUGUCAAAAGGUGCAACAGAUGGAUGUUGAUGUUUUUUGACGUGCUGGUGCCACGUCACACGGGUGAUGAGAAAAUUGGAAAAGGAAAAGUUAAAAAAAGAAGUCAGAUAGAUAGAACACGUGCGCAAUGGAUGUGA